UCCUUUCAGGUUCACAUCCAGUCCCUGUCCAAACCAUGCCACCUCAACCUCCGCAACAUCUCCAGAAUACACCCCUUUUUAACCAAUGAUACCACACAGCUCCUAAAUCACUCCCUGUCCAUCAUGAAUACUGCUACCAGGCUCAUCCACCUUACCAACUGUUCAGUGUCUGCUACCCCUCUCUGCCAAUCCCUCCACUGGCUUCCAAUCAGUGUCCUCCACCCUUCUCUGCCAAUCCUUCCACUGGCUUUCACUCAGUGUCUGCUACCCCUCUCUGCCAAUCCCUCCACUGGCCUCCACUCAAUGUCCUCCACCCCUCUCUGCCAAUCCCUCCACUGGCCUCCACUCAGUGUCCUCCACUCCUCUCUGCCAAUCCCUCCACUGGCCUCCACUCAGUGUCCUCCACCCCUCUCUGCCAAUCCCUCCACUGGUCUCCACUCAGUGUCCUCCACCCCUCUCUGCCAAUCC